UUAAAUCAAUUGAUAAAAACGUUCAUGAGAUUUAAUAGUAUAGAACAGAUCCUUCCAUUGGUCUUUAGUUAUCAUACUAUUUAAGCUUUUCAUUGCUUGAAUUGAAUUAGAACAAUCAGAUUGUUGAAAGGUUUCGGCAGUGGCCAAUGCCAGUCUGUUUUUUCUCCUGCGAAUACCUAGGACUUUCUUGCAUAGAAUGAUGGUAUAACUAUAUAAUAUGAGAGCAGGAAAAUUGUUGUAAUCGUUUUCGAGCAAAAUUGCAAAUCAAUUCUUUGCUGUGAAUUUUACUAUAAUAUUUAGUAGCUUUCUUCUUUAGGGUAUUUUUUUCACAGUUUCGCUUACGGCUCGAAUUAAAGCACCGGAGAACGUCACGAAAACGAAGAAAGAUACUCAACUGAGAAUAUCAUUAUGACUUCUCUCGAAACUCCCAAGGUUGCGCUUAUUACAGGGACAAAUGGAAUCUCAGGAUCCGCCUUGUUGAGGCAACUUUCUAAGAAUCCGGUUUGGUCCCGUAUCAUUGCCCUUUCACGCUCGCCACCCUCCAAUCUCCCUUCCGAUCCCCGCAUCGAAUUCCAUUCUCUCGAUCUCACAGGUACUGCUGGUGAAAUUGCCGAGGCUUUGAGUGCCAAAGAGCUUACAAAUGUUACGCAUUUCUUUCACUACGCCUACAUUCAUACCGACUAUGACCAUCCUAAACACCUAGAAGAGAUGACCAAGAAUAAUGUACCUCUCUUCACCAAUACUCUCACUGCUAUCGAUCUCACUUCUCGUGAUACUUUGCAACGUGUGAUUCUUCAAACCGGAGGAAAAAACUACGGUUUACUUACAUCCCCACCUGCCUCAGAGCCCCUAACCGAAGAUGCUCACCGGGUGACCGACCCUCGUUCCCUCCCCAACUUUUACUACCAUCAAGAGGAUUUUCUCUGGUCACUCUCUGAAGAUCGUUCUUGGGAUUGGAAUAUCACAAUGCCGUUCUGGAUAUCAGGGUAUGUAGGGAAAUCCGGAAACAGCUGGGUUACAUCCGCAGCCAUUUACUUUAGUCUCUGUCAAGCUCUCAACAAACCCGCGAUUUUCCCCGGUGGAGAAGAUGAGUACUAUGGGAAAUGGGACAAGGGACAACACUUCAGUACGAGUUGGGUGAUUGCAGAAUUUACAGAGUGGUUAGCGUUAAAUGAAGAGCCGACAGUGAAGAAUCAGAAGUUUAAUAUUGUGGAUGAUACAAUUACCACGUUCCGAGACGUUUGGGAGGGAAUUGGAAGGUAUUUUGGGGUUGAGACCAAGGUGGAACGGAAAUAUGAUUUGAUGAGUGAAGUGAAAGAAAUGGAGAAAGAAUGGCCGAAAAUUGCAAAAAAUUAUGGAGUAAGAGAGGAUGCAUUGGGGAUUGUCACAUGGGAUGCGUUUGUUUAUGCGAUGAACGCUGGGGAGUGGGGAAGUAUGGUUAAUAUGGAUAAAGCAAGUAAAGCGGGGUGGACGAAGAAGGUUGAUACUAUUAAGGAGAUGGAGAAGGUAUUUGGGGAGAUGAAAACCGAUGGAUGGAUUCCGAAUGUCUGAGGAGAAAUUCGGCCAAGAGAUUCUUCGUCGUCUAGAUAUAAACCUCGUACAUUAUCUUUUGUUCUUAAUUCAAAUAUUCAGUGCAAAAAUCAAUGACUUGUCGAU